AUGACAAGAAAGAAGGCCGCCCACUGCUCCCCUAAACUCCUAUUAGGGUGUGAAGAGUGGGCGUUUGUGGGGGCUCACCGCUCAUACCAGCUCCCAAGUCAACCUCACGGGAAUAAACAAAAGCAGCUUUGCCAAUAAAAGUCCAAAUUCCCCCAUCCAUCAUCAAUAGAAUCCAAUGCUUCAGCCCCAUCCCCAUUUCUCUAUUUCGACUCUUCUUCUUCUUCUUCUUCUUCUUCUUCUUCUUCUUUCGCAGGGCCUAUUUGCCUGCUAGCACUGAAGGUUUCGACUUUCAACUUAAACCCUGUUUCUUUCAACCCAUCAACCCAACUGAUGACUACUGUGGUGGAGCUGAGGGUGGGUUUGCACUGCGAAGAGUGCAUCAAGAAAAUCCUCAAGGCCAUCAAGAAAAUUAAAGAUAUAGAAACCUAUAAUGUUGAUACGCAGCAGAACAAGGUGACUGUCACGGGCAAUGUAACCACAGAAGAAGUCAUCAGAGUUCUUCAGAAGAGUGGAAAAACUGCCAGCACUUGGGAGGAGAACACUGAAUAAACAAGAAUUUUGAAGAAUUAAUUUCUCUCCUUCUUGAUAUUUAAUUAGCCGAUCCCACUUAGUGGGACUAAGACUUGAUUUUGUUGAUGUUGUUCUUAUAUACAAUUAAUCGAAUUUUGAUUAAUAAUGGCCAAUGGGCAUUUUUGUGUUAGGCACAAGAGGCCGCUGUACUGGCACAACUCAUUUGUAAUAGUAUUUGUCUAAAAUCUAAACUUAGCAUGCUUUCUCCUUAA